GAAAGACAUAGGGUAGGCCUCAAGGCUCACCCCACAGCAAUUGAUUCUUAAAAAAGGGCUCCACGAGUUGAAAAGUUGGGAAGCUUGCCUUAGAGAAUAGCUAUUGGAGUUUAUGAAGGCAGUCUGGCUACAUUGCACUGACCUCUCUCAAACCGAUGAUCAAGCUCUGAACACAAAAUAAUAUUAUGGAACCACUUGUUUUAUAAAGAUGGCGUCUAUGUCAGGUAAUAAAAAAUAUUUAAAAGUGAAGUACCGAUGUUUAAAAUUCGAUAAAAGUAGUACACCACUUAAUUAUUAAUAUUGGAAGAUAAAACGGGGACAUUGAAAUCAUUUAAUUUUAUUGCUCCCUAUUUAAUAUUAAAUCAGUAAGUAAGAGUAAGGAGACUGACUGAGUCUGAGUGGACUCUACAACUACAACUUGACACCUCUCUCCACGGUACUCUAUGUCUAUGUCUACUCAGCUAACUCAGUUACUCAUGUAAACUACGUUCCACUAUGGACUUGUGUGCCAUUAGCUCACUAGCCAGUAGAGAAUACAGGCAACAAAGUCAAAACUCACAUAACAGACUUGAGUUACACUAAGUUGUAGUACCAGCACAGCAGAGAGGCAGAGAGUAACUAAAACUUGUCAUUGAGAUUGUGAUGUGACAGACACUCUACUUCUAUAAGAGUAUUAGUAUUAUUCAGUAUAGAAAUAGAAUAUAAUAAUACUUUAUUCUAUUUCUAUAGUCUAUACUGAAUAAUACUAUCUGAUUAUUCUUUAACUAUAAUUGUAACUGUAACUAAAAUCACUAUACUUAUUGACUUAUACACUUACACUGAUGUUACUUAUCCGUAUACUUAUUUAUCUUAUUAAUACUAUUAGUAUUAGUACUAUCUAUAUUAGUCUAUAAUUGUAUAGACACUAAAGUAAUAGAGUAAUCCCUUAUUAUAGGCUAAGUAAAGUAGGUACCCCACAUCUGACAUUCACAAAGAGCAUAUGGCAUAUUGAUGAUAUUCAUGUCAAUGUCAAUAAUCAUUGGAAAGAGCUGACUUUGUUGGACACUUUGGUCACCAAGAAAAAGAUAAUCUUCUAUCAUUAUAGGCAUAGGAGAAAAGUUAUGAUUUUUUAGUGAUUUAUUUCCUCCCCAAUAUUUACUAGCUUUGUUUUUAAUUCUAAAAACUAUGAUCCAAUUAUUACUCUUUUUUUGUACUAUUUGCUUUGUAUCUUUUUGGGUUUUAAAGUUAGAGUGCUAAAAUUUGAAAGAGACAUUUUUUUAAUACAAUGAUUAACAAAACACAUGUCUAUCGGCAUCCUUCCAUCUCGUGAGCCGAUGGUGCAUCACCGUUAGGUUGGGUUGCAUUUUCUCGAGUGGCUGUGCAGUCCUAUCCUUGAGUGACAGUCUUUACCACAAUUUUUACACACGAGUUCCGUGCUUCUAAAUGUUUUGGCCUUUCUCCUAGCUCUUCUGUCUGCAGCCUCUUCCAUUCUUCGCUCCUCGGCUACCAUGACGCCCUCUUUGACAACUGUGCGCCACGUAGAUCGGUCUUUUGCCUUACACUCCCAGUCACUUGUAUGUAUUUUGGCUGCUUUCAUGUCCCUUUGACAGACAUCUUUAAAUCGCAGACGUGGGCGACCUGUUUUCCUCUUUCCCGAAGCAAGUUCACCAUAUAGGAGGUCUUUCGGAAUGCGGCCGGGACUCAUUCUUUUAACAUGACCUAGCCACCUCAGGCGUCUUUCACUAAGGAUUGUGAACAUGCUUUGGGUAUUCGCACGCAUUAGGACCUCACUAUUAGUCACUUUUUCUUGCCAUUUAAUACCAAGGAUGCGACGCAGGCAUCUCAUAUGGAAGCUAUUAAGCUUGCGCUCUUGGGAUGUAUAGGUGGUCCAUGUCUCGCUCCCGUAUAGUAGUGUACUGAUGACACAAGCUCGAUAGACGCACGGUUUGGUUUUCUCCGUUAGCUUGGUGUUUUGCCAGACCCGUUUAUUUAGUUUAGCCAUUGUGGCAGCUGCCUUGCCGAUUCUGCUGUUAAUUUCUUCUUCAAUGGACAGUGUAUUGGAGACCUUGGACCCCAAGUAGGUGAAGCUGUCCACAACCUCCAAGUUUUCAUUAUCGAUUUUUAUGUUAGGUGGAGGUCGAGUGUCUUGGGCCAUGAUGUUUGUCUUAUUCAAGCUGAUUUGCAGACCAAAAUUCUUUACAGGCAUUGGAGAAGCUUGACACGAGUUGUUGCAAACCAGUUUCUGUGUGUGCUGUUAGUGCCGCAUCAUCCGCAAAUAGUAGCUGGCGAAUUAGGACAUCUGUCGUUUUGGUCUUGGCUCGGAGGCGGGCAGUGUUGAAAAGUCCUCCAUCAGCUCUGGUGUGUAACCAGAGAAGAAUAUUGCGAACAGUGUUGGUGCGAGUACACAACCUUGUUUAACUCCGCUUCUGACUGGAAAGGCUUCUGACUUGGCUCUAUCGAACUGCACUGUGCCCUGCAUAUUUUCAUGGAACUCUCUGAUGAUGGCAAGUAGGUGAGAAGGACAGCCGAUUUUUGCCAGUAUUUUGAAUAGCCCGUUGCGACUGACGUAAUCAAAGGCUUUUGUAAGGUCCACAAAGGCAAUGUACAGUGGCAUCUGCUGCUCUCUGCAUUUUUCCUGGAGCUGUUGUAUGGAGAACACCAUGUCUAUGGUAGACCGCCCAGACCGGAAACCGCACUGAGAUUCUGGAUAGACGCGGGAUGCUAGACUCUGUAAACGUGUUAGUAUGACAUGGGCAAAGGCCUUUCCUACAAUACUAAGGAGUGAAAUGCCGCGAUAAUUAUUGCAAUCACUCCUAUCACCUUUGUUUUUAUAUAGUGUCACUAUAUUUGCAUCCUUUAGGUCUGGGGGGAUGUAGCCCUGUUCCCAGCAGAGGGACAGAAUCUCGUGCAAUGGUUGGAGUAAAGCUGUCUUGCCACUCUUUAGAGCCUCUGGUGGUAUUCCAUCAUCCCCAGGCGCUUUUCCACAAGCUAGGCUAUCAAUAGCUUUGCUCAGCUCUUCCUGUGAGGGCACGACAUCAAGUUCUUCCAUGAGUGGCAUAUCUGUGAUGUCAUCUAGAGCGGUGCUGGAGACCGUGGUAACUGUUGAAUACAAUUCCAGAUAAUGCUCAACCCACCGUUUUAGCUGUGCUGCCUGGUCUUGGAUAAUUUCUCCACUUUUGGACUUUAGAAGAGCAACUUUGGACGUCAAGGGGCCAGUUGCCUUUUUGAUGUUUUCGUACAUUGCUUUUGCAUCGCCCAUAUCUGCAGCUGAUUGUAUGCUGGAACAGAGGUUAAGCCAGUAGGUAUUGAGACAAUUACGUGCAACCUUUUGGUCAAGUGACUCUGCUGUUUUUAAGACAUGCAACCUGUCGGGUGUAGGCUUUUCCUUGUAAGCCGUGAGAGCUUUCCUUUUGGCUUCAGUGACAGGUUUCAUCUCGUCCCAAUGUUCAUCAAACCAGUCCGGAAACACAUGAAUGAGUGGGUAAAUUGUUUAUAUGAUGAUAACCAACUUACGGUUUCAUUGAAUAAACUUUUACACACUUGAUUGCAGGUUCCACCAACAUAACAUCCAAAAGUUGUCAGAAAAAUAAAUACAAUACCGCAGGCCUGCACAACUCAAAAUGUAAGGCGCGCCUUAAUACUUUAUGAUAAACUUGUGCAAGCCAAAAGAAAAAUAGGACAGGACUUGUGCAGGACAAAAGAAGAUAGGGCAGGGGGAUAAGAAAAUAAUAAGAAUAAAGAAUAUUUCGCUACUUCAUGGGCCCCAAUUUGGUUGCUGGCGGGCUGCAUAUGGCCCGUGGGCCGUAUGUUGUGCAGGCUUGCAAUAACGAAUACCCAUUUUCCAAAAUGCCGGAAAAUUUAAAUAUUAUAAUUGACCACUCAAUGAAAUAUUAAUUUAAACCAUUCAAUCUGUAUAUUAAUAUUUAAAAAAAGAAAUUUAACUCCAAGAAUAAACAAAAGGGAGAGAAUCCUACACAGAAACUCAAAGUGGCACAGAAAGCGUAAAUUGACAGAAUUGUCAAUUAAUUCAUUAUAUUUAAUAAAAUAUGAUUAUAUUAAUAGGCCUACUUUGUACUUACUCAUUUAUUAUCAUUUUCAUUUAUAUAAAUAAUAAUACUUCAGACCCUAAAAGCAUGAUUUUUUGAAUCGCCAGGGCUGAAGUGUUAAAUUACCCUGGUUUUUUUUUCAAGUAUUUGCUGGCCAAAUACUACCCAUGCAGAUCCAAAUAUAUAUUUAAAAUGGAUGGCUGGAUAGCUGUCCUGUCUAAAUUGCAUCAAUUUCAAACUCGUGGAUUGGUGUUCAGUCUCCAGCAAUACAUAGAAAAUAAAGUAGUGGUGCGCAUUAUAUGCUUGUGUACAAAAUUUUUGAUUACCGCUAAAUGAUAAAAUCGAAUGAUUAAAGUAAACAAUAGUAUUUGUGCAUAACACCAUUAAUGUUAGUAGCAACCCUUUGAAGGGCUACUAGCAUAAUUGUUAAUUUUAAAUAAAUAUUGUAAUUAUGUAAAGGCAAAUGAUUUUUAUUUUAAAAUAACAAUUUAUUUGGUUAAUUUGUAUCGUAUUAUUAUUAGAUUUACAGAUUGGAUUAUAUAAUGUCAUCAUGCUUUGAUCGCAUUAUGCGCUGUAUUUUAUGGUAGGUUUCAUCAUGAAUAAUGUGUAGCUAUGUAUAUGGAACAAAAGGUACUCGGAUCUGUACCCAGAUUUGGCAAAUAGCAAUCCUGGAUUUGGUACCAGUGACAAUGUCUGCCUGGUUGAUCGCUAGUGAGGACAUUAUAUAAAAAAACAAAAUUCACUUUUAAAACCAGGACAUUAUGAAGUAGGCCUAAUUAAAACAGACCUAAUCUAUAAUUAAUAUAAUUUUUAAAAAAAUUUUUUUUUUUUUUUUCAAUAUGAAUAAUUUAUUUCUUUUCAAUUUCAUUGUAUUGUCCUAGGAUAAGAUCAUUUAUUGAUAUAAAAAAUUGACAUGUUUUUGAUUACAUUGUACAUAUUCAUUUUCAGCUCAUAGAUACACACAAAUUUAAACCAAGACAAAAUUAUAACAAUUUAAACACAACGUCUAAAGUAUUUCUAUAGCGUAGAAAAUGUCAUCAAUGAACUCCUUUUGUGACAAUAAUGACUUAAUUAGUGAUCCUAUAGAUUCGGUAACUGCUUUGGGUGCAUGGUGGUAAAUUUGUACAGGCUGGGGAACAAAAUAAUUUUUUUAUCUUUCGAUCCUGACUUUAAGAGAAACAAUUCACCGAUCUUAUGUAUCUGUGAUGAAGUGGGUGGGAUGUAUCAUCCCAAAAUUUUUUUUAGCUUAACAAAUGCAUUUUCCUUCAAAUAUUUUUUUCAAGUGAAGGGUGGUUAGUUUGUAUGAUAUUACUAGCUUUCUUGAUUAGUCUUUUAUUCAAUGUUUGAUUCAAGACGAUGAAUUCCCACACCAGCAGGUAAUACUGAAGUUGAGUAGGCUUCCAAUUAUUGCACUGUAGAAUAAGUUAAGAAUUUGUGUUUUUUUAAUGCAAAUAUUGUACAAGUUUUUAAGAUAUAAAAGUCUUUGGUUGACUUUUUUAUACAGAUUUUUAAUAGUGUUGGCACCUCGGUACUUAUAUGUCUUUACUUGCUCUAUACUGUGAUUAUUUAUUGUGAGAUAUGCAAUUGGGUGAUUUCCCCCUCUGGAAAUCGACAACCAUUUCUUUUGUUUUUGAGAUAUUCAACUUAAGAAAAUUUGCAUCGCACCAACUGAUAAAGCUUAUAACUACGUGGUGGUUAUCUUCAGAUAAGCCAACAAUGGUAGUAUCUUCAGCUAAUUCUUUCUGUUCCCAGAACACGGACUAAAACAUAUGGUGAACGAUCUUUCUCUUUCUGUGCCCCCAAACAAUGGAAUUCUCUUCCAUUACACAUCAGCAAUGUACUGACCAUCCCAGCCUUCGAAACUGCCCUCAAGAUCCAUCUCUUAAAACUCUACUAUAGUGACUCAUUCUCCCCCCCCCCUCCCCCUUGCGCAACUGAUAAACAACGCUCAAUGCUGCUGGGUGCUGUCCAUGGGUAGACAGGGGUAGAUAGUACUUGGGUGGGUGAGGUCAAGCUUUUUACCAGUUGUUUUUAAAUGUAUAAUUUUCUGUAAUUGCUAAAUUUUUAUAUGAAGCGCAGUGAGCCAAGCCCUAGGCUGGGGUACUGCGUUAUAUAAAACCAUCUUAAUAAUAAUAAUAAUAAAUUUAAUGAUUGGAACGGUGUUGCUUAGGCUCUGGAUAUCAUUGGUAUAAAUUGUAUACAGGACAGGUGAGAGAACGCAAUCCAUAUUUACAUACCCUAGGCGACUGCUGCAACAAAUGACAUGAAAGUGGAACCAAUGUACUCGCUCUUUUCUCCUUGAAAAUAAGAAGUUAUUUUCCUAUCAGAUUUUCUCGAAAUUUUGUUAAUGAAUAAUUAAAUUUUGUAGUUAGUCACAAAGUUAAUGCUUAUGACUACUAUGAGUAUGACAUCACUGACACUGUCACAUGUUGUCUAAACAGUAAACCUUUAUCUAUAAGAAAAUUUCUAAUUGCCAAUUAACCUGAUUUCGCAUAAAAUUAACACUAACCCUAGAAGUAGAAGCAAACAAAGAAUCACAAUCAUAUUGUCUACAUGUUAGAUUGAAUUUUUAUAAUGCUAACUAGUUUACUAACAUUCCAAAAAAAUCUUUACAGAAACCUCAUACUGGAUAAAUUUUUUCACAACUGCUGGGAUUCCUGCUGGAGAUGCAGCCCACUAUGCUGUUAUGUUCUCCGAUAAUCGCAUCACACGUGAGAUGCUUCUUGAUCUCAGCAAAGAAUAUCUUACAGACAUGGGCAUUACCAGAUUAGGUGACAUCAUAGCUAUCCUGAAACACGCUAAAGAUGUUUUCAAACAGGUACUGCACUUUUUUCUUAAGUUUAAAUUAUGUCUACACUCAAUAUUUUUUUCAUAUUUUAUUUUCAAAUUACAUUUGUCCAAAAUUAGAUUGAUCAAUUCAUUGACAAAAGCAAUUGAUUCGUUUUUUUUAAUGGUACAAUAUCUUAGUUUUAAUAAAUUCUAAGCAUUUCUGUAGUUGCUUUUACUAGCUAUAAGUCUAAGUUUAAAUAUUAUAUUCUUGCAUUUCUAUUUUCUUUAGGAAGCAAAAGAUAAAAUAUUAAAAUCAACUUCCUUGACAUCGCUUUCAUCAGCAAGUUCUCAAUCAAUUUCACCAGCCUUACGCAGAUCAACAGGUAUAAAUUAAAUUAAUGAGAGACUUAAAUUGUUUAAUCAAACUACAUGAUUUGAUACAUCUGCUUGAGACUAUGAGAUUAGAUGAUGCAAGUUUAAUUUAAUCAAGUAUGAAAAAGGCAAGAGUGACUAUGUACAUUAUUGGUACUGUCCUCACACAUACAUAUACCAUUGGUCCUUGUUUAUUGACACUUAUUUGUUCUGAGGAAAUAGAUGUUUAAAAAAUUACAUGGACCUGUUUCCACAGACCCUGUAGUCAAAAUGUACUUCCACAAAAGCUAAUAAUUGAAUUUUUUUGUAAAUGUGCUUAAUGCGUACAGUAAUAAUAAAGGUUUAUUAAUCUUGGUCUCAUUCAUGCUCAAGCUUGAGGUGUUAAAAAGGUGGAGAGUUGCCAGGGAGUUUUUCUAUGUGAUGUACCUCUUCUUCUGCAGGAGGAAUCUCUGGGUUGAUGUUGCUUCCUUCAGUGGAGGUUGAAGGAGAAACUCGUGCCAGAGGUUUGAAGAAACUGUGUAGGGUAUUCUGCUUUUUUUUCCUCUCUUUCAGGGGCUUUUUAAAAUAGACCACAGUGCUGACUUCAGAGUUAAACAACUGCUUCUCUGCCUCUAUGUUGGGCUGAAACACUGCAUUAUCUUUAGCACCCUCCCAUCAUUCCAGAAAAUGUUUUAUUAAUGCAGUAGAGACGAGACAGUAACUAUCUUCCUCAGGCACCUUCUCACCACCACCAGAUUCAGAUACCUUUGAAAUUUUAUUGAUGGUAUUUGAAGUAAUUGAUGGAAAACAAGCACUUGUUGGUCAAUGGAGGCUUUGACGCUAAAACAAAACAAAUAAACUGAAUUUGAUGUUAAACAAGGGGUUGAUCUAUAUAAAUACCUUUAUAAAUACCCUUCAAGCUUUUGGUUAUUGGCUAUAUUUUGAAUAUCUUUUUGUUACAGCUGCAAGUCGUAUGGUUAAUCACUUCACUAGUAAACAUCCUGAGGCAGCACCGAUGAGCCAGUCCCCUGUUCCAAAACUACCACCACCAGGUAGAAUACCUUUUCAUGUAAAAUAAUUAAGUUGACCUGAAUCAUUUUGAUUUUUAUAUUGUAUAUUCAUUGCUUAUAUGACUAAUAAUCUUUCGGAUUGAAUUUGAAUACAGUUUUUGUACAUUCUAAUCAAAGUCAAGAAAAGUCAGGAUCACAUGUCACUUUUUAGGUACACAGCUGCCAAAAGAAACCACCAAACAUUGUUUCCUUAACAAUAAAAAUGUUAUUAAUUUUGAUUGAUAAAUUCAAGAUUAGGGAAGACUUGGCAUUAGUUUUCUUGAAUCAUAUCUAGUUUGAACUUUUGCAAGUCUUGUGAUGUGAGUGGUACAUUUAAAAAAAUCCCUGUCUUUGUUUCACACACAAUUUUACUGUCUUUACCUUUCCCUUUUUUUGUUUCUUUAUGACACAUUUCCUAAAGAUAAUAACUAAUUAUGAUAUUUAAAUCAAAUACAGUGUGAACUUGUUGGCUCUGUUUUCACCAUGAUUCUUAUGAUCACAUAUCCAAUCAUGCUAUUUAUUGUUGCCAUUUAUAUACACAGUCAGAAAUUUUAAAACUUUUAUUAGUUUCUCUUAGGAAUUCCAUAUAGUUAGUGUUUAAACACAAAAAAUUAGUGAGAUUAAUUGGACUUCGAGUUGACACCUUUCAUAUGUGCAGUUAUGUUUUAUCAAUGUUGAACGUGUUAAGUUAAAGUGGUAAAGGUUUGGUGUGUGGCUAAUGAAUGAAUGUUUAUAAUUCUUUAUAAUUCAGUACAAUAAGCUAAAUUUCUUACCUUGUAUUUAUCAUCAUUUGAUGUUUCUUAAUAGCAAUGUUUAUGAAAGCAGCUUUAAAAGUUUAUACCAGUUGCUCAAAAGUUAUGAGGUGUCUCUAUCAACUUUCCCCUCAUUAAUGGGUUAGUAUCUGACCUGUAAGAGUCAGCAGUUCUUGGUUUCCAUUUACUGGGUAGUUUAGUAAUUUGAAAUGAAUGAAACUGUAUUAGCAAUUGAUGCAACAAAGAGGCUGAUGUCUGCAUUUGUGCUAUCACGCAUGGACUAUUGCAAUGCUCUCAUGGUGGGUCUUCCAGCUACGCUCCUGGAUAAAAUUCAAAUAGCACAGAAUAAUGCGGCUCGCAUUGUUCUCCGCAAACGCAAGUUCGACCAUGCAAAAACACUUCUGAGAGAGUUGCACUGGCUGCCGGUGCGUGCUCGCAUAGAGUACAAAAUCGCAACUUUGUGCUACGGCUGCUUACAUGACCUGGUGCCGUCCUAUCUGAAAGAGCUGCUGACGCCUUAUGUACCUACUAGAGAGCUCCGCUCAUCUGAUAGUGGCAAACUCUCGACACCACGUUUUUGCCUUGAGACUUACGGAAAGCGCACUUUCGCAUUUGCUGGUCCAACAAUUUGGAACGCCCUUCCUGUCGAUCUCAGAAACAACAAAACACUGGAGUCCUUUAAAACCGAUUUAAGGACACAUCUAUUUCGCAAACACCUUCUGGGAUGAUUGUCUACCUUAUUUUCCAGUUAAUGCAUAAUGGCUGUGUUGCUUAUGGUUGAAAUGGCUUGAAAGACUUUGCCAUUGUAUGCUUGUAAUUAGUGUUUGUAGUGUUGCGUUUGUUUUAAAUGUGGUAAAUUAUAGAUUUGUUUUUUGUUGACUUUGUACCGCGCUUCGAGCCUUUGGGGAUGAAGCGUGUUUUUGAAAUGAACUUUAUUAUUAUUAUUAUUAAAUGUAAAUUGUUAACAUAUAUGUUUAGUCAGAAGUAUUGUAGCAAUUUUUAAAAAGCUGAAUUUCUUUUGUAGAUCCCCCAAGGUCUAAAAGGAAAGUCUCUGUCUUUGACAGAUUGGGUGAUGAUGGCGUUGAUGAUACAGUGACAUUAACAACAAGCUCUAAGUUGGCAGCAUUACAAGCUUCUACGGUAAGUGUGACAUUUAAACUUCUUUCAGCAAACAAAAGCUAAUGGUAUUUUAUGGAGCUUUCAUUCAAAAUACAGAGCAUAAUCUUAACACAAAUUUUUUUUUCCAAUAGUUUUGUGCCCUAUAAUUUAUAAUACCUUAUUGUAAAAUGCUUUUAAAAAAAAAAUAAUGCAUUUAUACAGUUAACAUUAUCAAAUGUUAUGUUUUAGUCUUUUUUUGUUUGUCACUCUUUAUGUGUAGGUCUAUAGUUCAAAUUCAAAUUUACUUAGUAGGAUUAGAUUUAGUCCCUGAUUUUUAAGAAAUAUUGUUCUUUCUUCAGCAAUCUUCUGUCUUUAGCCGAUUGGGUGGCAAAGCAGGAUUGAAGAGGUCAGCAAGUGAAUCGGCAUCUCUUGAAAAUUUAGAUGAUUUGUUAGGUGCAGAUGAAGAAAGUUUGCCCUAUGCUGGCGUCCUAAAAGGUACUGGCCCAUCACCCGCAAAGAAAGCUAACAUUAAAGUUGCCGUUAACAGAUCUAGUCUCAAGGAACCAUUCAAGAUUAAAAAAACGUUUAAAUCAGUAACUGUGACGGAAGAAAAGAAAACAUCACGUGAGUAUUUAUUUUUCACUGGUAAUACUUGAUGUAGAAAUGGAGGGACUCUUCUUAAGUUCUGGGCAAAUUUUGAAUUAUUUAACUUAAUUAGGAAAGUUAGAUUUUUAAAAAAGACUUAUUGACCCUAUAACUGUCAAGAACAUUUUUCUAAAGCCUUGAGCCAAUUUUAGCAUUUUCAUCUGCUUGUCAAAAAUGACAAAAACCCAUACUAUAUGAAUUCAGAGAACCUUACAAGUUAUAUUUUCUGAAAGUACAUUGGACAAGGUAUCUUAUGGUAUGAAAAGAAUUUGUUUUUAUAGUGUGUAUGUUGAUAUUGACCUUUACAGAGUGAGUAAAAUUUUGCUAUUCAACUUCUGAAUUCAACCCACCCUAAAUACUCCAUAAAUUGUUCAAACUAUCAUAAAAUCAUGUUUUUGAGAUACUAGAGGCAAUAUUCUUUCAGAAAAUUUCAAGUUAUAGUUACUUAUAUUGAAAGUUAUGAUAUUGGUGAAGUUUUUCAUUCCCUACCUUCAAAUCCUAUCAUACAAAUACGAUUCCUUUUCAAUAGAAGUUAUUAAAUCCAUUUUUAUUAAUAACUGUCGUGACAUCACAGAAAGGAGUAUAAUGGCCAAUCAUCAGCAAAUGACAGUUAUAGGGUUAAAUUAAGAAUUAUGCAAACUCAUCAAGGAGGUACUGCAAACUGAUACAUUAUUACUAUAACUAAAUGACUGUACACUAAAAUCUGGAAGAAAAAAUUUGAAUGAGUUGGACCUCUACUAUCAAUGUAAAUCUCUUUGAUAAAUAGCUACUUGAACAAAUAAUUUCAAAGAAGCAAAAAAUUUAAAUAAGGUGUGUUACACUCCAUGGGACAUUAUUUAAGAAUAAUAAAUUAAAUUAACAAAUGCUAUUUUUAAAAAAACAAAUCAUUACCUUAUAAAACAUUGGAAGUUAAAUUCUUUGUUGCUUUCUAUUAGACAUACAAAGACCAGAAGUGUCGACUACAACAGAAGGUGUGCUCUCAGAUUUCGCUAAACGAGAAUCUCCAUCAGUAAAAGAAAGACUUGGAUCUAAAGCUCAGCAAUCUUCUGUGACCAGCACUUCCAUACCCAAAGUAGCAGUCACACAGAAGCAAAAGACUAAAUGUAAGUAUUAAUUAAUAUCACAUUUUUACAAUUAAUGCUAUAAAGCAAGGGGGUGGCAGGCAGUUGUUAACAACUGUAUGGAUGGUGGAUGGACAAAGCAAAAGACAGCUUCAAAUCACUUGAAAAUUGACAGGAAACUGAAGUUCAGUUAGGGAGAAUCAACAGAACAUCAUUCCUCCUCCACAUAUGAGAAAAUCAGGUUCACUGACUCGUUUGAAGUUUGGCAAUGAGGCUUGGGGAUAUAUCUAGAGAAAAACAUCAGUAAGAACAAUCCAAAUUUAGAAAAAUGGUCCCCUUAACAAACAUGAUGCUGCUGAUAGAUGAACUCGGCAAAAACACACUACAAUACAAAUUAAUCACUUCUGCUAGUGACGUUUCUAUCAGUUAAUCUGAUUCAUAAUUAAUUUAUCUAUUCAUUUCAAGUCAUUUAUUUUAAUGCUAAAUUCUCAAGUCAUGUUACUUUUGUAAACAAGAUAUGACUUUUUAAAACAUUAAAUCUUCACUUGAGCCGCAGGGGUUUGGAGUCAAUAACAGAACUGGGGCUGUGGAUAAAAUCCAGGCUAAACAAAAAAAAAGAUUUCCAUUCAAGCGUUUUUCCAUUCAAGUGUACAGAAUUACAACUACAGGUUCACUGCCUUUUAAGGAAAACCCUCAUAAAAAAAAAGGCCCAGUUACCAAAGUGAUCUAAAAAAAAAUGUACAUAAGUAAGAGUUACUUGGCCUUUGUCAGUAAAUAAUCAUGCAUUAAAGGCUAUUUUCUACUGGUACAGAACAUUUUGUAUUUCAGAAUUUUGUUUUGCAUGUUGUACCCAUGUUCAAAAAAAUUUUAAAUCCACUUUAAUAAUACAGUAAGUCAUUUAUUAAUGGAUGAGGUAAAUAUUUUAAAUAAAAGGUUUUAUAUUUUUCAAAAUAACAAAAAUUUAUACUCAUCUUUUAGUUGUUUUUUUUUCAGAUUUUGAAUAGUUCUAAAAAUAUUUAAAUAAUGACACCAUUUAAUUUUAAUUACAAAAUAUUUGCAGUGACAGUUCAAGACAGAUUGGGAGCUAAAGUAGAAGAACAGCAAUCAUCUCCAGUAGUUUCCUCAACACAGCGUAUUACACCUAAGCUGAAAAAGAAAGAUACUGCUAAAUCCACCCCAGUAACUAGUGCACCAAAUCCUAGUGGAGUGUUCAGCAGACUUGGCAAGAAAGCUCCAACAUAAAGCUUUGAGGGAUAAGAGAUCUUAAGUUUGUUAAAUAUUGAUAGCUUUAAAAACUAAUUCUAUUUCACAAAUAUAUCUACUUAUUAUUUCUGAAAUAGAAAAACAUUUGUCCUCUGUAACAGUAGGAUUCUAAUUGAAGUGGAAUGAGUGUAAUUUUGUAAAUUAUUUCAUAUAUUCCAAUUACAAAUAUUGCUUUUCGGAACUUUGCAAGCACAAUAUUAUGAAUAUAUUUUCUAACACCUUAUGAACUGAGGUUAGUGACAUAGCAAGUUUGUAUACGGUACCCUACAAUAAAUAGUUUGUGCUCUAGUCUAUAGUUUACCUUAAACUGUGCUUCUGGGCAGUUAGUAAAGGGCAAAAUUUUACUGAGAAAACUAGAUCUAAGAUUAUUUUAACAAAUGCUGCAAUUUCUAUCCACAUGUACCAGUUAAAAAUAUCAGCCUAACUUAUGAAUAAAAUUUUGAGUUUAUUAUCGUACUAUGUAUACUAAUUAACUUUUGUCUGGAUGAAUGACUGUGUUUGAAUAAUCACAUGAGUCCCUCAUAAUAACUGUCUUUUAUGAGUGAUCAACAUUAUUAAAUACACUGGUGACUUGAUAUAACAGAACCAUUGAGUUUGAGGUCUGAAGCUUUCUACAUCUUUGAAUACCAGGCUGGUUUAAUGAGAAACCCUUUUCUGUCACAUUUACAAACUUAUGUAACAAAGGUGGCUACUGUUGAUCAAUUUUUGAUUUACCCUCAUUCACCACAUCCUCUCAGUCUAUCAGUUAUGCUCUGUAUGUUUAUGCACCUUUGAUUUUGGUUAUGGUAGAUGCUUGUGCUAGAGCCUGUUUGCUCAUAAGCCACGCUCCACUCCCAAUUUUGUACAGGCAAAUUUAAUUUUUUUUAUAAUUGCUCAUAAGUGGACCCCAUAAAAUAACAUGCCAGUGUAAGUAUUACAGAUUAUCUAAUCUAGGAUGAGAUUAUGUUGGUAAUAAAAACUACUAAAAUAAAUAAUGGCAACAUCUAGUUUCAGCUUCAUUAUUUUUAUGUUUCAAAAUUGUUGAAAUCAGACUUUGUAAAACUUAUACAAUACCAAUUUUAUUAUUCAAUGUACCUAGAGAAAAUCAUAAAAAUCUCUAUGACCCGCUCAUAAGUCCACCACCCCUCAUUUAUUCCCCUGGAAUAUUUCCGCACAAAAAAUUUGGCUUUAUGAGUAUACGCAGUACUAAGAAUUUAAAGAAUAUUUUGCUCUUAAAUUGACUCACAAACUACAGUUUCUUCAAUGAGAUUGCACUUUAAUUUUGUCAGAGUCAUAUCUUAUAUGUGAACAUGUAGGGCUCAAUACUGUUCUGAUAAUUGCCUGUUUAACUUUUAAAUUUUAUGUGCGGUGAGUCUAUGAUCAAAGCUCAUGGUAUCAUGUUGCCAGAUUACAAAUCAACUCGCACUCCUAUUAUUCAUAUCCCUUUUCAUUAAACUUCUUAUCUCAUUGUAGGGUUAAAUAUCAAUAUAUUUAUUUUCAAUUGAAAUUGAUAGUUGUGUACAUUUUAUUUUGUCUCUGUCUUCAUUGAUUUCAUGUUGUUUUUUGAUAGGAAAUGAGGUAACUCUAAAUGAAAUAGGGAAGAUUAUGCACAGGUGUUCAUGUUGAUUGAGGUUUAAAUCCAAGACAUGCAGAAAAUUUAAUGUACAGCUAAAUAUGGUGUACUACUCCCAGACUCUAUUUUAACACCCAACAUGUUGGAUUGAAAGCUUUAUAAAAGCUUUAACAAGACAAAAAAGAAGCUGAAAUAGGAUAAAUAAGACCAAUUCAUGACAGAGAACUGAAGUUUGUAAUAUAUAUUAUAUAACACAGCUGGAAAAAUAGAAAUUGAUGUUUUCCCAUUAUGAAUGUUUAAUUUAAAAAACAAAAUUCUUAAAUCAAUCUCCACCUUUUAUCCUCAAUCCCUUCCACAUCACCUGUUUAUCUUAAAGUCAAAUCAAGUUAUUUUCCCAAGUUUAAAUUGUAUAUUAACCAUAUUUUUAAUGAAAAAAAUAAAAUGACAGUUUGUUACUCUGUCUUGGAGAAAUUCUCUCCCAACAAUAAACCAAAGUAUUAGUAUAACCUCUGGAACAUGUGCUGAUAAACCCCAUCAAAAUGGCAUGGUAAGUAGAUGAUUUAUUGUAUUUAUAUUGGGAGGUGGAGAGAUUAAUAAGGUUUAGGUUUCUUUAACAUCAUAUUAGUCAUUUUACAGAGCUAAGUGAAAUUAUCAAUAACUGCAAAGAGAAUGCACAUGAUACAAGUUGUUCAAUCCAUGCCCUUUAUUACAGCACUUAUUACACUUGUUUGAAAUGACACAUCAUAUCUGAGCUUUCAAACUUUCAUUCUUCUUCUCAUGCACAACUAUUUAUAUUGGCAGUUUACAGAUAAUUAAUGUUACAAAACCUUGCAUUCGGGUAUUCAUCAAAUCAUUGGUACAUGCUUACAUGUUAAAGAAAAUAUAUAAAACGAUUCAACCAAUUUAUAUAUACUAUUUACCGUGCUUACCUGACAGGAUUACAUUAUGUUUCCAUUUAUUAAACAUAUGGUUCCCUACAUGAACCAUAUAAAUGAUCAUUGACACAGAAUACAUGUUGCUGCAUAUAUUAGGUGCUAAAAUACUCAAGGAGUAUAUUGUUUUAAAUUCAUAUUUAAUAUGUUAAUUGUACUUAAUUUAAUAGACCGAAGUGGAAUUCUGCACUGACAAUAAAAGCCAGAGAUUCUUCUUUCACUAAAUCAGUGGUGAUAUGCAGGGAGGCAAUGCAUUUAAAUUAUGAUGUCAAUAAGAUCUGAACAAUUAAUAGAUGAAACUAUUUUAUUUUUAUUAAAAAGGUGAUCAACACAAAGUUGUCCUCUCCCCUCUUCUUAUUAAUAGUCAAGUUUUUCUGAAAACUACAAUUUUAUUAAAAUGUUUCAAUAAAAAAUAUGUUUAAUUUCAAUAGUACUUAACCGCAUUUUGAGUCUUUUUUCUCCUUUAAAUAAACCUACCAGUAUCCUAUUCUUAGAUACCAGGUACUAACAUAUUUUAAUUAAGCAUUUAGAUUUUUACAUUUUUAAAAUACUGUCCUUUUUAUAAAUGACAUUUGAAAGAAGAAUGUUUUGAGUAAUGAAAAAAUGAUUAUGAAAGCACUUCUACAAGAACCAAGAAUAGCAUUAAGGACCAUUUAAUUGUUUCAAACUGGAUUUAAGUAUCCUUUCUAAGAAAAGAUAAAUGAUUGCAAAAAUUGAGUUUGAAUGGAUAACGUGGAUUGUUUUUAUUGAAUUUAAUUACAGUUGAGUGUAUGCCAAUUAUUUGAAACAUUAGUUAUCUGAACUGCCUCUGUUUUUUAACAUAUUACCAUUAGAGCAUUGGCAUGACAAAAUCCACCUUUGUUGUAAAACUCAGGUAAAAUCUAGAUACAUGUACAUAAAAGCACCAGAGAUCUAUUUUUGGAAACAAUUAAGUUUGUGCAGAAAAUUUAUCUUGGCCUUACAUUUACAUGUUUUUUUUUUUUACAUCAAUCUGCUGACAUUGAUUAUUGUACAAUAAAGCACAUCAUAAAAGAUUAAAAAAUAUUCUACAAACUACCUUCUUUAACACUAGCUUUUAGCUUUCCAUGAAAGUGUGUAGAUAUCUCAAACACUCCUAGUAAUUAGGAUAAGCAAUGCUUUACUGUGCAUCAUAAAAUUAUUUAUAGGAAAAGCCCUUAAAUUAUGUUAUCUUACAGGGCUCAAACAACAGAUAUUGUUAAACAUGUGUAAUUAUGUGGUUCCAUGCUUCAUGUAUGAAAACAUUUUCAACUUAUGCAUUUCAACAUAACUCAUGGUUUCAUAAAGAUAUUUCUUCAGAUUAUGCCAAAAAUUCUGAAACAUAAAAUAUUACUAAAUGAAUCAAACUAAAGAUGUGUUUGAAUUAACAAGGUCAGUAGAUAAAUUUUAUAAGGUGAUUAUAAUGUUCAAUAUUUUACACUAAAUAACCAAUCAUUCUGACUUGAAAGAAAAAAAAAGUACAUAUCUUCAUUAGAGUAUAAGACUUUGAGGGUAUAUGGCAUCUAGCAUACUAUAUUACAUGUUAAAUAUAUUUUUUUUAAAAUUUACACCUAGUCUUUAUUCCAUAGAUAACUUCAUGCAGUACAUAUAAUUUUAUGGACAACCAGGCUUUUCUAACUAUCACUUCAUUUUAUAAAAGCCAUUGCACUAUCUAGUCAUAUUUAAUCAUUUAUUUAUAACACAUUAACAAGCACUCUAAUGCAAAGUACUAAUAGUACCUGUAUGAUAACCUGCUUAUUGGAGAAGAAAAGAAAGUGAAGCAAGGUAGUUGUCAUUCACAUUCAUUGAGUAAAACUAAAGGGAAUCAUUUCUUUCACAUUACUUUUUGCUAAAUCCUAUGCCCUAUGAAUGAGUUUAUUAAAAUAAGAUAAUAUAAAUAAAGGAUAACAAGGAAACAAUCCACUUACAUUUCAUAAUACAUACAUUAUAUUUGUAAUAGGUUAUCUCCACUACAUGACUUCAUCAAAAUUUAAAAUCUUUAAAAAACUGAUUCUUUUAAUUUUUAGCAUGGUCAGCUUGUUCAAUAAUUCAAUAUCUAUGAUUCUAUACUAAAAAAAAUGAUCAUUUGACCUCCAAACUUUAAACCACAAUUUAAAUAAUACCUGCCAUUUUAUAGAAUGUUUUACUUGAGCCAGAUAUGCCUAGGGCAGUGGUUCUCAACCUUUCUAAAGCCGGGACCCUUUAAUACAGUUCCUCAUGUUAUGGCGACCCCCAACCACAAAAUUAUUUUCAUUGAUACUUUAUAACUGCAGAGUAUAUGUGUUUUCAGAUGGUCUUAGGUGACCCCUGUGAAAGGGUUGUGCGACCCCCAAGGUUGAGAAAGGCUGGCCUAGGGCAUGACAAUGAACUUUCACAGAGUCCCAUUAUGUUUAGAGAGUUAACAUAAUGGCCUUAGUUCAUAUAAAAAGUACAAGAACCGGGGUACUAGCUUUUUCUUUUUAUAUGUAAUUACAUAGCUGAAUUUUAAAAGACAACACCUCUCAAUCAAAUGUCCUGUUACUGCAUUAUGUUUGAAAAUUAUUAAGGUGUAUAUAAAUAAAACGACUAAAAAUGGUACAUAAAUUCUCUGAUAAAAUUCAUGCAAGUCUUUAACUUACUUUAAGAUAGAGUAUAUAAUUCAUUAGACAUUUUAUUUUUUAAAAUUACUCAAAUAAAUAAUUUCAGUAUAUUAUUUAAGAACUUUUUGAGAUCACUGCAAGGGCCAAUAGUUAAUAAGAAUAAGAUGAUUUUAAAAAAAAAACAGAAGAAAUGACAACAAAUAAACAUUAUACAAACAUACACAAAAACAUCAAUUAAAUAAAUGUUAUAAACCAUACAACUGUACAGUAAAAAUCAACAUUCAAUGAAAGAUAGUCAAGAGAUAAGGACUAAACAUAAAAGAAUGUAUAAAAUAAACUGGAUAAUUUGUCAGUGACAUGCCAACUUUUCUUGAUAGACACAUUUCUAAAGAAUGCAAAAACAUUAUAAAAUUGAAACAGCAAUAAAAUAUGCUGUUGAAAAAGAAAAAAAAUUGAACUUCAAGCAAAAGAACAUAUGGUAGCAACUACAAGCGUAAUCAGUAUAAUCUAAAAUAUAAUAUGUAAAGUAACAAUUAAUAACAAAAGAAGACACUUUUUUUUUAAUUUGAUGACAUUAUUUUGCGCACUUUUAUUGAAAAAUGUACAUGAUUAUCAGAGAUAGUGAUUCAGAUAUUUCAAAAACAAAUUACAAAGGACUUGCAGGCAGACACUUAUUUGUAAUGUGUCUAACCCAUGAAAUAAUAUAUUAUGGCUUCAAUAAUUUUGACUUUAUGAUGUCCUCAGAUAAUAUUCACUCACUCUCUAGCAAUACAGCAUAUGAGCAAGCACUAUUUCAACUUUUAAGGUUUUUAACCCACAAUAACUUAAGCACAUGUUUUAUUCUCAUUUUCUUGUGCUAUAACACAAAUAUCAGUUGAGAAAUUUUUUAACAUGACUUUCCUUAUUAAAAUUCUAUUUAACUCUCCCAUUCUUCAUCUUAAACAGUUUUUAAUUCAGAUUAAUCAUUACUAAAAUAUUUUCAACAAAAAAAUUAUUUGAUGAAAUAUUUCUAAAAAUGUUCAUAAAUGUAAAAGCUCUGAGUAAAAAAAACUGGAUAGAUAGCCUCCUGUGCUAUUUGGUUUGAAUAUUGUGCUUGUAAAACAAAGUAAAGGGGGAAGAACGAAAUCAAGAGCUCUCAUCCACAGUCAGGGGAAAUUGUUACUCAUAAAAAUAAAGAUGUCUUUUUACUUUCAAUUGUAUGAAAAGCAAACAACAAUGAUCAAUACCGGUUUUUUGUUUUUUAUCAUUACCGUUUCGCUCUUCAUUUUAGCAAUAAAUUAAAUGUAUAAGUGGAGCUUACAAAAUGAGCCCAAAAGAAAGGUAAUCAUUUUCAUUGAAACUUCCUGUUGGCUAAAAAAAUUAUGUACAUAAACAUUGGCUCAAAUUUUUUAAUAAAAAAAAAUAUGAUUAUAUCAGAUGUGAAAAUAAAUAAUUUUUUUUUACUCUUGCAAAAGGG